ACUGGAGAGGACCAUCUCAAAGACUUAGCCUCGCAAGUUCGAAUCUACAAGACCGCGUUCUCAGCAUGGGAAAGACUCCACCAAAACUCCUUCAAAGGCAUGACUGGAUACCAAAAUAUAUUGCAGAGUCUACGAGAAAGUCAAGACUCGGUGCAGGACCUCAACGUAGCAAUCCAGAGGUACGACGACUUCCGCUCGUACAUGAGUGUCUUUAGCUCUAAGCUUUUCCCUGGCACGAAGGUGUUUGGGGAUCACUUGACGCUACAUGCAAGCUUCAAGAAUGCAGGCACAGGCAUUGUGUUGACAUUCAACGAAGAACAAACCUAUAUGGUUUUGACGUCUAUCCAAUCACUACGAAAAUUGGGCUGUGUCUUGCCUGUAGAAGUCAUGUACUAUGAAUUGCCUGGUGUGGUAACUCGAGAUAUGAGUACUAUGGUCGACGAUGCAGGCUGGGAAUUGAGAGGUUGGGCAUUAAAGCCAUGGGCAAUGCUCAUGUCCUCCUUCCAAGAAGUGAUCUUCAUGGAUGCCGAUGUACUGUUCUUCACCAACCCAGAGGCACUAUUUGAAGAUCCACAAUACCUUGAGACCGGAGCACUGUUCUUCAAAGACCGCAAUCUAGACCGCGAAAACAAAAGAAACUGGCUCAAGAAAGUGCUGGCCUUACCCAUCUCGGAUAAAGUGAAGCACAAUCGUCUUUGGACCAAGGAAAGCGGGCAUAUGCAGGAUUCUGGCGUUGUCAUGAUUGACAAAUGGAAGCAUUUCGUACCACUGUUACUUACGGCACGUUUGAAUGGGAUUGAUCGCGAUGGUAACAAAGAAACCGGGAAGAAGGGAGUUUAUGAGAUGGUAUACGGUGACAAAGAGACUUUUUGGCUUAGUUGGGAGAUGGCUGGAGUACUCGACUACGCUUUCCACAAUGGGUCUACUGGUAUACUGGGCAAGCUCAAGCAGGAGGACGAGUUCAAGUUAGAUGACUCUGAUACGGAUGAUGUGAAUUGGAGCAAAGGCAACCAUCAACCACAAGAACAGAGAUUUGAGCAUGCCCGAGCCCAGAACUACACCUCCUGUUCACCUCAACUACUCCACCUGGAUACAGAGGACAGACUUCUCUGGCUCAACGGUUGGAUUGCUCGGAGCAAGUUCUCAGAAACUGAGGAUCUCAGCAUUGACUCCUUCGAAAUCUUCAUGAAAGAGCCGCCUAGGAAGGAUCUUUCUAACAAGAAGAAGAUAUGGCAGUUGAAGCAGGACAAUGUUUGUUGUCUGACAGCAGACAGCUAUACGGAAAUUACCGAGAAAGACAAGCAGACUCUAGAGAUGAUCAUUUCUUUUGCACAAGAAUAUGAUUGGGAGCCG